UAUCCUCCCCCUCCUCCCUCCUCCCUGCUUCCCUCUCGUUCCUCCUCCCACUUUAAGGUGGCUUCAUGGUGGCUGAGUACCCUCAGCCACUGUGUGUAUUUCCGUCACACCUUAGAAAGUGUAUUUUGACCAAAUGCCCAGUUUAUUGUUCUCUUAAUUGGAGUUCCACCCCCACCCCCUCUGUUACUUCACUUUAAUUUAAAAAAAUGAACAAAUAAAUAAAAACCAGGCUAAAGAGAGAGUGUAUUCGGGGAGGGGCUACUGGAAUUGGAGAGAUGUAAAAGAAAAACUUUCAGAGUACGUGUGAAAUGGUCCUUAGGAAGGGAUCACGUUCUUCAUGUGACCUCCAAAAGCCACGAGUUACUCUUUCUGUCACCAAUUAACACCGUGAAAGUCACGUUGAUCACUUAGUGACCACACAGGACACUCGUUUCCUAGCAACAAGGGGGCUUAGAAUGAUCCCGAUGUACAUGGGAGCCCAAACCUUGUGUGUUCCAGUCAUGCAGCUGGCCCGACACUAUGGGACCAUAUCAGAAGGCUGGUGUGCUAGGCUGCAGCCAUGCCAUAUACACCUAAGGACCCUCCUCACAUCCGAGGUUCAGAAUCACUUGCUCACUUUCCUGUUGCCCACAACCUCUUAGCACCUUUCCCACACUGUGUCCAGUAAAUGGAAACGAAGGACUGAGGGCGAGAAGUGUUUAAGAACCUGUUUCCAUGGUCACUCCUGGUAGGGACGAAGCCACGUGGAAGCCCCUUUGAAAUGGCUGCUGCUUCCUGAGGACUUGUGGAGAAUCAUCGCCGUCACGUGCUUCUUGGGUGGUUGACUAACCAGUGUACACACUAUACACAUAGGCCAGUUUGGACCUCAGUUCAGUAGUGAUUAAGUCCUAGGGCAGGGAUCCAGAUGGUGUGUAUAUUCCAAAGCUUCCAGGAGAGUCUUUUAUGCCCGCCCUCCAACCAGAGGUGCUGGCGGUGGGCUCACUUCUCCAUUUUCUGUUCUUGAACAAAUGUUUACUGAAUGCAGCUAUGACUGCUGUACUCAGCUCUGGGGAUCCUGUGGGAAUGUGUGGUUGCCUCCCAAAAGCUCACUGACUAGCUAACACUCAGUCAUGAGAAUAAGGAAACACCAGUGAUAGGCAUGUGAUGUGGGAGGUAACACGGGGUAUGGAGCAAGAGCCCCAGAGGAGGUGGCCAGAGAAGGUGUCUGUGGGAGAGAUGUUUCUUGAAGAUGCAACUCUGAGAUGAACAGGUGGCACCAGGCAGAGGACAAGCCCAGCACAGGCUUCUGGUGAGAAGCAUGUUGUGAAGAAUUAUUUCUACUAUUACCUGUUCCGGUUUUCAGCUGCUUUGGGUCAGGAGGUGUUCUACAUCACAUUUCUCCCAUUCACCCACUGGAAUAUCGACCCUUAUUUGUCCAGAAGAUUGGUCGUGAUAUGGGUUUUGGUGAUGUACAUUGGCCAGGUGGCCAAGGACAUCCUGAAGUGGCCCCGGCCCUCCUCUCCUCCCGUUGUGAAGCUUGAAAAGAGAGUGAUUGCAGAAUAUGGAAUGCCAUCCACCCAUGCCAUGGCCGCCACCGCCAUUUCUUUCACCCUCCUCAUCUCCACCAUGGACAGGUACCAGUACCCUUUCAUUUUAGGCCUGAUCAUGGCUGUCGUGUUCUCUACACUGGUGAGUCUCAGCAGACUCUACACGGGGAUGCACACAGUCCUGGAUGUCCUGGGUGGCGUUCUAAUCACGGCGGUCCUCAUCGCCCUGACCUACCCUGCCUGGACCCUCAUCGACUCCCUGGACUCCGCCAGCCCUCUCUUCCCUGUGUGUGUCAUAGUUGUGCCGUUCCUCUUGUGCUACAAUUACCCUGUGUCCGACUACUACAGCCCGACCAGAGCGGACACCACCACCGUCGUGGCUGCCGGCGCUGGAGUGACCGUAGGAUUCUGGAUCAACCACUUCUUCCAGCUCGUGUCCAAGCCCACCCCGUCCCUCCCUGUGAUUCAGAACAUCCCCCCCAUUACCACUGACAUGCUGGUUUUAGGCCUGACCAAAUUUAUGGUGGGGAUCAUGUUGAUCCUCUUGGUUCGCCAACUGGUGCAAAACCUCUCUCUGCAAGUGUUAUUCUCAUGGUUCAAGGUGGUUACUAAGAACAAGGAGGCCAGGCGAAGACUAGAGAUUGAAGUCCCUUACAAGUUUGUCACCUACACAUCUGUUGGCAUCUGUGCCACAACCUUUGUGCCAAUGUUGCACAGGUUUUUGGGAUUGCUCUGAGCCCAAGACAAGCUGGGAACUAGUCUGCUAAUGCGAGAUGUGAAAUGUGAGAAAGCUGUUGAUUCAGGUAAUCCCAGUGCCUCCCGUUUAAGGAAAUCCUGUCAUAGUUUUAUUUUGCUGAUGUGACAUAGAUACUACUGCUGUGGUACCAGCCAUGCGAUUCAUCUGUAAGGACACCAGGCUCAAAGCACACCUGAGGUCUGCAAGACUACCCCUCCCCUUACUGUUACAUGAACUUAGGACCCGGUGGGCAGGAAUUGUAGCCUGGCUUGGAAUGGCUACAAGCCCCACCAAGCUCCAGAGAACCAGCAGACUUGAGGUAAUAUGAAGGCAGGAUAGUUCUUUUCAGUCACAGCCUUGCCUAAUGCCGAGUCUCAAUCCCCAAACUGGAGUUUGGUGUGGGAGUAAGGGCGGCACCAAGGAAAAUUGCAACUCUUUGGCAGAAUUAUGUCUUAUGCUGUGAUUGGACUGGACUGUGCCUGAGUGGGUGGUGAGAGCAUUCUAGAACAAAGUUUCCUGUGAGAAGAGUGAAGAUGGUAGCAGAGUUAGCUAUGAGGUCACCAGAAGCAGAGCUAUGAGGCCACCGGAAGAGCUUGCUUCGUUUCCCCGCCCAUCUCCUCCAGGCACUGUUAGUGAAGGAAGCAAGGAAGCAAGACUGCCAUCUUCCACAGCAUCCCGGGAUUCCAUUUCCACACUAAUGUAACCAACUCAGACCGGCUGCCAGCUUCUCACAGGUGGAAUGAGGACAGCUGAGACUCCUCCUGCACUCUCCUGCUUGGCCUUCGGCACCUUCGGUUGUUUAAGCCUAGAAGGCACUGGAUCAGCACAGGAAUGAAUGAGCUUCAUCCUCUGGAAGCCUGACCAAGUUAGGCAGCCCUAACAUUGCCUCAUCCCUGCGACGUUACCUCAUCCCUGCUUGGCUACUUUGUAUAAAUGGUUUCAAUUAUUCCCCCACUAGACAGAAUCAGGGACCCCCCUCUCAGUCUUCCGGCCUCUUCUUACCUCUUGGAAGUUUUAAGAGUCUCAGUUAAGAAUUUUAAGAUUUGAAGAAUUUUAGGGCAAGAAAAACUGCAGCCUAUUUUGAGAAAAUAAGCCAAUUAACUGUAACACCUGUUAAACCUAGCGUGGUCUACCUUAGCUCCUUAGAUCUGAGAAGGUAUUCAUGGUGACCACAGCAGAGACCUCCUUCCCUGCACUCAGAGAUUCAGAAUAAGGAUCAAGUGCAAUGACAUUUUGAAGGGUCGGUGUCAAUGGUAGUGGUUGAUCUUUUAAGGGAUGGUGUCAGUAAGUCAGUGUUUCACUAUACGCACAUAUUGGACAAAAUUACACACACACACACACACACACACACACACACACACACACACACACCCUUAAAAGCUACUGAGGCUCCAACUUUUGCAAUCAAUGUGAACAUCAAGGCCAACAAUUUCUCUCAUUUUAAGUCUGUCCCAUGGCCUAUGUUGGAAUGAUGUUCUUUGGUACUGAAUAUAGUGUUUUAAUUUCUGAAGAAUAAUUCUUGGGCUGGGUAUGGUUUUAAUCCCAGCACUUGGGAGUCAGAGGCAGAUGGAUCUCUGAGUUUGAUGCCAGCCUGGUUGGUCCACAGAGUGAGUUCCAGGUCAGCCAGGGCUACACAGAGAAACCCUGUCUCAAAAAACAAAUAAAAAGAAUAAUUCUUAACAAAAUGUCCAUUGUUAACACUUCUCUUACUUAUCAUAGUUAAGAACAGGAAUGGAAACAGCCCAGCACUUCCUGGUUUUGCUGACAGUAUUUCAGCUCCAUGGCUGCGGAGCCACAAGCCCUGGCUUAUAGGUUUGCUUGCUAAGGCUAGCCUCUCCAGUGCAUGGCUGAUGAUAGGGUACUUUCUGCUGUUUCUCCCCCAACCCCUAAGCUACCAAACUAGAGCUUGUAAGUCUGGUUGAAUAUUCACACAGGGUGAUUUUAGUUGGUUUGUCUGAACCCUAAUAACUAAAAGCUCAGCUUUCUCCAGCAAAAGAGGCUGUAUGUAUUGUCACAGCGGUGGGCAUGGGGAUUAGGAAGUUCAAGGCCCAACAACAGGAAAGUUAACAAUCGAAUGAAGGCUGUAUUUACAUAAUUUACAUGGAGGAUGAGUAUAUUAGCCACACAACAUUAAACACUGGCCUAGGAAUUUGUCCCCUUGACUGGUUGCUCUUUAAUCGACUUGAUACCAGCAGAUGGAGGGAGGGAAGUAUUCACCGAAGAUGCCAAGCUUAGUUUUGGAUUCCUACAGCAUUGGUUUUAAACCCUUCAGCUUGAUCAUGUUUUUUUCCCUUUGGUAAGCUUUCUCGAUUCACUGAAUUCACUUCUUACAGAGCAGCACUCUACCCUAGUAAAUUUUCUCUUGGGUCUCCAAUUUCUCUCUGGAGAGAGAGUGCCCCCUGCUGGUGUAGCUUGUCUUAGUCCAAAGGCCCUCUUGCUCUGGGCUGGCCUGGUCACCAGAAUGUGUCCCUCUAAGUCUAGGCCCGGCCCACACAGACACCAAAGCUUUUCAGCUAUUCUAGGAAUCAGGGAGGAUAAUAUAUUCUUUUCCCAUCUUGCUAUUACUCUGGGUCAAGGCAUCAAUCUAGAACCGGGUUCUCAAACAGCUGUCCACUUUAAGUCAUUUUUGCUCAGACCUGUACCAUAUGCUGGAAAAAGACAUAGGCAAGACCUUAAACUAAUACCUUUAUGUGGCAGCCACUAAAACCAUUCCACAAUGUGCCUGGUAUCUUGGGGUUUUCUUGCCCAAACACACAACUGUCUUCCAAGGAUAAUCACAGCAUGUGGCAUUUCAGACCAUAUGUUUCAGGUUUCUAUUUUGGAAACCUUCAACUGUCUUGCUUAUGCAGUGUAUGUAAAUUUAUUCUUUUUUAAAAUAAAAUCUUUUUUUGAGUAUGAUUAUUAAAUGCUUUAAAAAUCUAA